AUGGCUGAGGGUCAAGUUUUCACCCUGACUGUGACAGCAGGAGUAGCGGGUAGCUUCUUCCUGAAGGGGGGAACCAACUCCCACUUUCUGUCAACUUGUAGUUCAGGGGCCUGGGGCUCCAGAGCUGUGAUCUGGGGUCUCUGGCGCAACCCCACCCCACCCCUGCGCUCCCAGGUAAAUGUGAAUGGAGACAGGCCUAAGAACCUGUCCUCAACUUCAAUGCCCCCCAGCCCCGGCCUCAUGACGGUGCUACCUAAGAAGUCUUCCCCUUCCCACCCCCACCCACACCCACCAAGCCCACACUUGCCUGGUCAGUGGUCAGCAAAUUGGAGGAGGAUCCGAUGGGAGUGUGUAAAUGUGAGAUAA